AUGGAUGGUAGGUGUAUAUAUCUCUUGUAAUACAGUAACCUUCAUUUUUCCAAGUUUGGCAAAACAGGUUCUUAUAUUUGGGGAAAGUUAUUGGCAAAAUUUAGGCUAAAGUAGGUUCUUAAUUAGGUUCUUAAGUUUUUAGUAGGAACCAUUCAUGUACAAGCAGAAAAAGUAGGUUUGGUCCUUUAUGAUACAGCAUUUAUUUAUAACUGUCUUGUCAUGAGCCGUGUGCAAGACUGACUAAAUAAUUAUAAUUAUACACUAUAAACCGUACGCGCGUACUUCCCAUGAAGUAUUCCCUAUUUCUCAAAAUCAGUUAUACUUCAUAGUGAAAAAUGCUUAUGAAAAUAUUCCAUAAGUCACGUAUAAGAACCUAAUAAAUUUUGCUUGGCUAAACAGGUUCUUAUAUUUUUGGGUAUAAAAAUGGGAAAUUUCUGCCAGCAGGUUCUUAAACCGCUAGGUUCUUACACGCAUGUUUGAACUAAACAAAGGGGUGCCUGGAUUGAAGCAUCAAGUAAUUUCAGAUAAACUGCUGGAUUCAUCUUUCAGUUACCUUUGUGUAUGCUCGUAAAUAAAGGGAUAAUUUCAUAUGAGAUCAUAAGUCACUUGGGACAUAAUACCAAUAACCCAUUCACAUGAAAUAAGAGAUAGAUUGUUGCAAUUAUAAUUAUUUAUUAAUAUUAAUACUAUUUACUGAGAUAACAUUUGCAAUUUUCUUUUCUUCUCUCCCAUAGAAAUGCAAGAGGCAAUGAAAAAUUGCAUACAGAAUGUCAAAGUCCUUCCUUUUCUGUUGGAUGCUGUGUACAACAUAAAAGAGUGGCUGGCACCUCAUGCAGAGCAACUGCAUGACCAUACUCAGCCAAAGUGCUUCAAAUUUGUCAGAAAUGCUGCUGGGAAGUGCCAAAUGUUUUAUCGAAACUACUCGCACAUGCCAUGGGAAGGUCCUGUGAUUAUUUUGAAGGUGCAGUUACAACCUUUUAUCAUUUGUCUGCAUCUUACAGAUCAUAAUACUAAAGUGAUCUUUUAAUUAAUGCAUUGCACUGUUAAUUGUUCAUCGUAAAACCUUUGUUCUUACACUAGAGUCAUCCAGGUGGCAAACCAAGUCUUGUGAGACCUGUGUUAGACAGAAUUGAUGUUGAAGGUUUGAAGCGUGACCUUAACAAGUUCAGAGAUCACUACCCUGAACAGGCGUUCUCAUUUUGGAGUGAGUGGGUGAAUAACGUAGACAAUUUGGCUGCUGUGCCAGAGGCAUGGGAGUGGCCUUUGAAUGCUAUUCUGAUCGCAGAGAAAAUAAAGCCAUAUACGGUUGAUCAAUCUGUCCCUGAACACCUGCAAGCUCUACAGGACAAGGAAUGUCGGCCAACAAAACAGGCAAGUUGAAAUUGUCUGAGUUGGUGAAUUUUCUGUUAUAAGUCUACUUUCUAAGGGUUCACAUGUUACGACUUGGCAGCUCUUUAAGUUAAACAUUCUCUCAUAUCUGAGUUCGUCAGUUCUUUAAGGUUACAGUGUACCUUAAGGGGUGGCUCCAGUUUAACGGGUGUAGCGCCUCUCGGUUACAUCACAGAUGCCCAAAACCCUAUAUCAAAUUAAAGCUUAUGGAACUGGGUAUUCAAAUAUUUCAUUGCUUUUUCAAGAAAAUAAAUUCCUAAGUUUUCCGCGUAGUCUAAACUUGAAGGCACAGAUCGUCUUUCUACAGUUCCAACUCAAUGCGAUUUUUACAUUUUGGAAGUUUUUUUUUUUUUUCUCACGGUCAGCAUCUCAAAGGUUAAAAAAAACGUGUCAGUGUUUUCCUUAAUUCGAUUGCGUUCAAAAGUUACGGAACAUUUUGAAAACUGCAAGAAAAACAUGCGGAGUGAACGCACGGAAAUGGCUGUCAAGGAAAGAGUUUUAAGAAUUAUCGAAUUCCCACGACACGUCUCUGUUGAUUACAUACCUUUCUAGCAUCUGGCCAAAUUUUACCGAAAUCGGCCAAAUCGUUGUUGAGUUGUAACUCUUGAAAGUGUCUCCUUGAAGCGAAAAUUAAAGUUCGAGAAAAGAGCGCUCAAAAAAAAUUAUCGCUACAGAAACAAGUACCGCCCCUAACGCCUUUACGGGAAAUUAGGCAAUUGUUUCGCAAGGCCUUUUUCUUCCGGUUACCUGCUGUGAUGAUUUUCUCGCAAUUUUGCACGUACUCCCGUUACAGAGUAAUCAAUUCCUUCGCCAUUUUGUUGGAUAUUUGCGGUUUUUAUUUUCCGUCGAUAUUGCAUUUUGUAUACAUAAUCAUCGUGAAAAAAACUAAACGAGGAAAGACCUCAUCAAGCAAAGCUGUUGGGCCCAAGCCGAAGCGACAAAGGCGGGCUACAAAUCAUCAGCAGAAAGAGCGGCGGAAACACCAGUACCGGUGAACCAUCGUGACCGCAUGAUUACCUUAUGCUGUCAAUCAAAGUGGAGUUUAACUUCCGGUGGAAAUCGCUUACAUCCCAAUUUCUCGGCAAAUAUUCACUCUUUUGAAAGAUCUUGCUGCAAAGUUUAUUUCCAACUUAAAAACGAAAAUCGAUUUUUUUCCCUCUGAACGUACACGGUAACCUUAAUUAACCUUUUCUGAUUAAACUGUAUCCUUUUUCAGAUUUACACUGGAAGGUAUGUUGCCCCCAGCAACAGAGAAAAUCCUGUUGAACGUGUUGACUCUUUCUACGAAGGGCUUCAAAUUGAAACAUAUGCAGCAGUUUUCUUAUCAAACUGUGAAGAGGAGCCAGUGAUUGGUGUUUUAAAAGAGAUCAGUGAGGAUCAUUUCAAAAUCCAUUACUGGAAAGGCACAUACAGAGGAAAGUGGUCACCUUUAAGCCUUCCAAGAACAAGGGAACCUUGGACAGAAGUUCUUCCAAAGGAGUGUAUUAUUCUCCACUCCUUUGAACUUACUGAAGCAAAGAAGCUGCAGGUGACUACAAGAAGGCACUUAAUGGAAAAGUAUUCCUCACUGAGGAAUAGUACAAAUAAUUCAUAA